CCUGAGCGCCAGAACUUGAUCCGCAGACGGGUAACUGGAGAACCGGCCGCUGUCAGAGCACUGAGAGCUAUAUAAAUCUCACCUGGAGCGCUUCACAGUCACCACUCAGCCUUAUACUUCUGUUCAUUCACCUGCCGGAGGACUGCACUGAGGAUCAUGUCUCUCACAUCUAUCCUUUCCGCUGAUGCCAUCGACUGUGCACUCAAGGACUGUCAAGCUCCAGACUCCUUCAACCCCAAGAAGUUCUUCCAGCUGUGUGGGAUGACCAAGAAAAGUCCUCAGGAUGUGAAGAACAUCUUCAACAUCUUGGACAACGACGCCAGCGGCUUCAUCGAGGAGGACGAACUCAAGUUUUUCCUGCAGCGGUUCUCCGGCGGUGCUCGCGUGCUGACCGAUAAAGAGACAAAGGCUUUCCUAGCAGCAGCCGACGACGACAGCGAUGGCAAGAUUGGAGCAGAAGAGUUCCAGGCAAUGGUGCUGUCCUGAAUGACACGUCUCUCUCCGCGCCUGUGCUCAGAUUUCAUUUCAAUUCAACUCAUCCGUCUGGACACUCGAUACGCCGGUGUUUUUCGCUUCGGAAACCCCCUGGUCAAUAGAGUCCACAUACUGUAUACUCCGCAGAGCCUUUCUUUGAGUUUUGGACAUGUAGAGAGCGCACAUGGGCAUCGAGCAAAUGUAAAACUACCUGAAAAAUUACUGAAGUCAAUAAAUAAAUGGCUUAUAAUGUUUCAAA